AUGCUCGCGUCUCUGUCUCCUGGCGGUGGCGGGUGCUCGUGGAGAUGUGCAGGGUGCUCUCGGCCGUCGGCCUGCCGGUGGCGCUCACGUGGUGACGCUCGUGGCGCGCAGGGCCGUGCGGCCGCUCGUGGAGGUGACGGGGUGCUUUCGAUCGUCGGCCUGGCGACGGCGUUCACGGUGACUCCAGUGGUCUCCAUGCUGGUCCGGGUGCUCACCGAGUUCCUGGUGCCCCUGAUCGUCGGCCCGCCGGUGGAGCUCGUGCGCGUGCUCCUGGUGCACCUGCAGCGUCUCCGCCGCUCGGGAGAGCUCGCGGUGACGAGCGCGGUGAUCGUGUGA